GCAUCAGUGAAUUUCAUAGCUCACAAUGUAGAGGCCGUGCCUGACAUGAUGGGCAAUGAGCCAUGCCAGCCGCAGCUCAAGAGAGUGGGAUGAGAUCGGUUCCACGCACAGCCAGAUUCCACAAGGCUCCCCCUUGUGGCAUGCUGGCCCGACGGCGCACCUGGCAACAAACGUGGAACUCGUCCAUGAGCCAGGACAGCUGCAAGUCCUUUUGAAGCAGGACGUCACCAGCCCGGCCCAAGAUCUUGACUGGACAAGUUGUGCAGAGCUCAAGAUCCAAGCUGCUUUCGAUUUUAUCUACCACCUUCCUCCUGUCAUUCAGCCUGGGACACUGGUGAAGCAGAAGUCAACAGAGCCUGAAGCCGAAGAUGCGCUGAGAAAAGGCAGCUCCCCCGAGCUAGACUCACGUGUGCCCAGUCCCCCCCCGGUCUCCUCUCCUUCGAGGGGUCCCCGAAGACGAGCUGGCGUGAUGGGAAAGCCUCAAAACGACGAGCGGAGAACUGCGGAGUUGUACUUCGCAGAAGCCAAUCGCUUGCGCAGCUCCUUGACUGCGGCGGUGGUCAGAGACAUCUGCCGGCAGAUUUACGAUGCCGCGAUUGUGGAGAUUCCGCCCUGGAAUCUUCGCAUCAGCAGUGUUGAAGCCGCCUUGCUGGCCUGGGAUUUGACCUCAAGAAUCCAUGGAUCCUGGCGAGUGGCGCUGACGAUGGUGACCCAGCGUGAAGGAAGGCGGUAUAGCUUCGUUUUCGUCGUCGUUGUCAUCGGCGACCAUUUGGCCUUGCUGGGCAAGUACAUGCUGAAGGACAUAUCUUUCCUUCCGCUGCGGAGGCAGAAGUUCUCUGACGUGGUGGAGCAGAUGGGCAGCAUGCUUUGCUUGCGAGGUCAUGACCUCCUCACUUUGUACUUGGGUAUGCCAACGGAGGCAUCGAUUCCAGAUGACUCUCCCACCUUCUGGAGACUUCUGAAGCUCAGCUGCAGGCGCCAGGAGUGGCACAGCGUGCUCGCCACCUGCGACUUCUACCUGGCGAAGAGGCGGGAGGUGCAAGACGUGGUGUCCGAGGAAGGCUUUGCGCAUGCUGACCCAGAGCAAGAAGGAGGCCUGGGAAGUGUGACAAAGCUGCCAAGAGGUCUUGGCUUUUGGAGCAACUCGCGCGGGGAGCUGCGUUUGAAGGCCACUCCUCCGUUGCUAGUGCGCCGGCGGGUGAAGCGAGCAAAGUCUCAGGCGACCCCCCACAGCCGGCCUGCUCGUUGUGGUGGCAUGACAUCCAUGGACAAAGGGGCCGUUUCCAACUUGUCCUUCAGGAUGGGUCAGAUGGAGCAGAAGCACAGGCACGAGCAGGAAGUGUGGCACCAUCUAUCUUUCCCUGGCAAGUAUGCUGCCGAAUCGAUUGCUGCUGUGGAAUGGCCUCCGGUACAGGAGUCUGAAUGCUCUUCUGUGUCAUCAGCUUCACUUGAUGAAUAUGCGGAGGAUUUCUAUAUUGAUCGACAUCAAUUACAAACAAUUUUCCGAACCAACUAAAACAUACC